AGCUGCACAGCUGAGAGCGGAGCGUCAUGGCGGUGUAGAGUAAAUGACACUCAAUGUUUACAUUCCGUUUAUCGUCACAUUUAUCGUUUCGCGCCUGUUUUACAUCUACAGAGACUGACAGCAGAUCAGACUUUCUCUCCGUAUUUGGGGCUGUGUUGACCUUUACAAAAGCAGGACUGCGAUCUGCUGGUUUCUGCCCACCCUUCUCAGGACCAUGGUUGAAGAGGAUGAGAGUGUGAACGCCAAUGGCAGCCCUGAUCUACACCUCCAACAUUUACAGGUGUCGUGUCCCCUGCUGAACGGCGAGCGUGUGGAGUACGAGGGGGCCACCGGGGGGCCACCGUCUGUCGUCACUUUAACCAACUACCGGCUUCACAUCCGAACACAAGACGACAUCAUCAAUGUUCCUGUUCAGCUGGUUGAGAGCGUGGAGUGUCGUGAUAUGACUCAACUGCAUCUCACCUGUAAAGACUGUAAAGUUAUCAGAUGUCACUUCCUGUCGGCAGAGCAGUGCCAGGAUUGGUCGAGAAGAAUAAACGCCUCCGUGCGUCCACCGGUCAGACUGGAGGAGGUCUUUGCGUUUGCGCUCCUCUCAUGUAGCGCGAGCACGUCUGCGGAGGAGAGAGAAGUGCAUGAUGGGAUAUGCCGUACAGGAGGACAUCAGCACAGGUUUAAGAGUGAGACGGAGAGGAUGGGCUUUCACACACACGGUGCCUGGAGAAUCUCCAACAUCAAUCACAACUACAGGUUGUGUUCCAGUUAUCCGCAGCAGAUCCUCGUACCGGCUUCCGUCACAGACCAGCAGCUGGAGAAUGUGGCAGCGUUUCGAUCGUGGAAGAGAAUCCCCGCUGUCGUGUACAGACACCAGAGUUCGGGCGCUGUGAUUGGUCGCUGCGGGCAGCCGGAGGUCAGCUGGUGGGGUUGGAGGAAUGCAGAUGAUGAGCAUUUGGUGCAGUCUAUCGCUAAAGCGUGCGCUGCAGAUCUGCUGAAGAGCAAAUCACAGGUCAACGGCUCCUGCGUUCAUCAUCCCGUCUGCGAUACGCUCGAACACUCCGAUCCCCGCACAGCCAAUGGAAACGCCACGCCCCCUCAGAAGCUCUUAAUAAUGGAUGCACGGUCAUACGCAGCCGCGGUGGCCAAUCGGGCGAAAGGAGGCGGCUGUGAAUGUCCAGAGUACUACCCCGGCUGUGAGGUGAUGUUCAUGGGCAUGGCCAACAUUCACUCCAUCCGCAGGAGCUUCCAGUGUUUGAGGACUCUGUGCGCUCAGGUUCCUGAUCCGGUGAAUUGGCUGUCCGCUCUGGAGAGCACAAAGUGGCUUCAGCAUCUGUCUCUGCUGCUCAAGGCGUCGCUUCUGGUGGUGAACGCUGUGGAUCGAGACCACCGGCCCGUCCUGGUGCACUGCUCGGACGGGUGGGACAGGACACCUCAGAUCGUGGCGCUGUCCAAACUGCUUCUGGAUCCUUUCUACAGGACCAUCAAGGGUUUUCAGGUGUUGGUGGAGACGGAGUGGCUGGAUUACGGUCAUAAAUUUGCGGGUCGCUGCGGUCACGGCGAGAACGCGGAUGAUGUGAACGAGCGCUGUCCCGUGUUCCUGCAGUGGCUGGACUGCGUGCAUCAGCUGCAGAGACAGUUCCCGUGUUCCUUUGAGUUCAAUGAGCCGUUUCUGGUGAAGUUGGUCCAGCACACGUACUCCUGUUUGUUCGGGACGUUCCUGUGUAACAGUGUGAAGGAGAGAGAGGAGCGGCGGGUUCAGCAGCACACCUGCUCUGUGUGGUCUCUACUGCGGCCUGAAAACCCCGCCUUCCACAACUUCCUCUAUUCACCUCGCUCUGAGACGGUUUUGCACCCGGUGUGUCACGUGCGGAACCUGAUGCUGUGGAGUGCCGUCUACCUGCCUAACUCCGCCCCCUCGGAUGAGUCAUGCGUGCCACACUCCGCCCCAGUAUCGCCUGAGGACACGCCUGUGAGCAGGUUCCCAAAGACUCGCUCGUGCGACGACUUGCCUGCAGCCUGCGAGAGUUCGACUUCAACAUCCACGACACAGAAUCACAGCUGCGGCGACCCCAACAGGAAUGACCGGCGGGUGUCUCUGGACAUCGUCAUGACAACAGAAUCUGACAGAAACAGUUCAGAAUACAGCGCUGAAGACACUCACAGUCAUUCUGAGACGACGCUUGAUGACAGAAUCAACUGCGCGGAGACACUAGAUGGGCGUCUGCCAGGAAACAGCACAGAAGGGGCGGAGCUCUGCAUGGAAACUGAAGUGAGUGACACGUCUGCAUUCAGACGUCCAGAGGAGGAUUCAGUGGAUUCCUCUUCAUCAGACGACAGGAAUGUGAGCGCUGAAGACCAAACAUCUGACGUGUCCGAGGAUGUUAAAGACGGAUCCUUCACGUCCACUCAUGAUGACGGGUUACACCCAGAAGUCGUUCUUACCAGCACGCCCGGUCACGAUCUCUCACGAUCCGACAGCAGAUCUGUAUCAGAAAACAGCACACCACAGACUCCUGAGGACGUCUGCGCACCUGAUGACGGACAGACGACAGCCGCGGGAGACGCCUCCCACACGAAGGGUGUUCUAGAGAGAGGGCUUGUGGCGUCCCAGCGGUUAACAGCAUCAGGACACAUGGAUAAAGACGGGCCGAGUCUGAACGGUAAUGCUGUGCAGGAGCGACUGAGACAGAUGGAGACGGGGAACGGACUGCAGAUGGACAUGCUGAAGUUGCAGAAGCUCUGGAGUCACCUGCAUGUCAACAGAAAACUGACGUCUCUGCCGGACGCUGAGAAUAACAUGGAGUCUGGCUGUUUACCGCGCUGCGGGACCGAAGCCCUGUCAGAGUCCGGCUGGGAGCAAAUGGAAACGCAGGACUCCGAGGUAACGCAGUGGUACCCGGAUCACCCAGCAUCCCGUUGCUAUGGAUGCGAGAGGAGGUUUUGGCUGGCUGCGAGAACACAUCACUGCAGUGGCAGAGAAGCUGCUGAGGAGGACUGGAACUGUGGAAACGUGUUCUGCGCCAGCUGCUGCGACCAGAAGGCGGCACAGAAUCAACAGCUCUGUGAGUCGAAGCACACGGCGUGCCAGGUGUGUUACAGGCACCUGCGGCCCUCAGCUGUGCCCCCCGCCGACCUCGAGCUGGAGAAACCCAUCACUGCCAGUUCAAACUGAAGGACACAGAGACAUAUGACAUCAUCAUAAAGAACAGUUUCUUGUGUUAUGGGCGUUCUCAUGUGAAACACAGAUGAUGUUACUCAGAAUGUGAGUUUAUAUAUAAUGAAAGGAAUAUGUGAUUUAUACCAAAGCAAGUACGAUUAACUUGAAAAUGUGAAUAGCUCCAAGAUAAAUCAGGGUCACUACGAAACGAUGUUGUGUGAGGGUUCGACAGAAAUCCUGCUGUUGUUUCACAGAAGUAAAAGUCAUAAAAGUUUAAAGGGAGAUUCAUGAUGACGUACCUUUAAAGGCGUCUUCUACAUACACAUUCUACUUUAAUUCAUGUUGACCAUUUGAAUCCUGUUCCAGAGCUAGAAGAUUUUGCACACACUUGUGCAAUGUAUGUGUAUAUAGUGUCACGUGUACAGCCAAUGAAAGUGAAAGAUUAAACACAAACGCUAAUGGACUUGAGCUUCGUGAACUAGAAGAGCCGUGUUUCAAUGACACAUCUCCUGUAAAUCUGUGGCUUUGCUCUCUGGACGUAUAUCUGCUCUGAUGAAAACUCCUGGAAUGCUGCUCGCUGCCUCAGAUGUUCUCUCUCUCGCGUACGAGCCGCCCGCCUGCUGCCGACGCUUCUGGAAUCUGAGCACAACACACUGCCAACCUGAAACUGCUGUCUGACUGACUCGCCACGAAAUCAAAAUUCUGUCAUUCAUGUGGUUGUAAACCUGUGUGUGUCUUUUGUCAGUGGAAAACAAAAGAAGAUAUUUUGAGAAAUGUGUUUUGCUUUCAUACAGUGGAAGUCAAUGAGGUUCAGUGUUGUUUGGUUAUCAACGUUCUUCAAAAUAUCUUCUUUUGUGUUCUGAAGAAGAAAGUCAUACAGAUUUGACAUGACAUUAGCGGGAAUAAAUGAUGAAAGGGUUUUUCUUUUGGGAUCACUCUAAGUGAUAAUGGAAAACAGGAUUUUACUUCCCUCGUGUCAAGUUUGAGCUGUCUUAACUGAAAAUAACUUGCUCUGACAUAUCUUAAGAUAUGUCAAUGCCAUUGUUUUGUCUUAAGAUGCACACCAGUAAUGCAUUUUUAUAAAAAAAACUUAAAUAGCUUCGCUUAAGCCAGGACUAUGCCUUAGUUAAAUUAAAUUAAAGUUGCAGAACUCAAUGUCACAUGGUGAAAGAUUAUCCAUGAAAACGCUGGUCAGUGUGGCCGAGUACCAAAGGUUUUUAGAGUAGGCUGCUUAUUUAAUUUCACACAAAUGAAAACAAACACUGAAUCAUUUUCUAAAUGCAGUACGUCAUACUGUGAAAUACCUGUAACAACAUCUCAAACAGCUUAAAGGUUAUUUUCAAGAUUUAUUUAAGUUUAUAAGUUGAAACCAUGUGGUUUUCUCCUCUGGUCACUUGACUUGGGUCAUGUGUUAUUUUUCUGCCAUCUUGAUGUGUUUCGGUUUUGUGUCAGAACAUGUGAAAACCGUGUCAGGUUAUAUUCAAGAAUAGCUUGAUAAAGGACACCAUUCACAAGUGUAAGGAAUCUGAGGGCACCAGGAUAUUGAAAAAAUGUGAUGCACCUGUUAAACAAUGUGAUGUACCAUGCGAUAAUGCUUUAAAUUUGUAAAAUUAAACUAAAAUUUGAAGAUAUUUAUGAACUGAAAAAUGAUCGAACCAAAAAUACAUGUUUGACAUUCUUUCUGAUGCUUGUUCAUUUCUCUUUGCUAUCUGCAUCCACCUAAAUCUUUGACCACACAGACAAAAAUCAUUCAGUUAUUGCAAACUAUUGUGAUAUUUUAAAGGGAUACUUCACCCAAAAAUAUAAAUUCUGUCAUC